AUGUCCUUCUCAAACACCUCCACCGGCAGUAAGCCCGCCGACCCCUACAAGGCGGUCAACAAGGACGACAAUGUUUCCGUCAAGGAAAAGGUCGAGGCAUUCGUCAGCUUCGCCGACAAGACAAAGUUCGCUAUGAUGACCACCAGAGACGCAAAGUCCGGCGCCCUGGUCUCUCGCGCCAUGGCCCUCGCCGCAACGGAAAACGGUGGCGUUGACCUGCUGUUCCACACCAACACCGAGUCUCACAAGACGGAUGAGAUUGACAGCGACCCCCACAUCAACAUCUCCUUCAUCAACAGCUCAGGUGACUGGGCCUCCGUCUCGGGCGUCUCCAGCGUCAUCACCGACCGCUCGCUGGUGAAGAAGCAUUACAGCCCAACCCUCAAGGCGUGGCUCGGUGACCUUGGCGACGGCACCCACGACGGCUCUGAGAACGACCCUCGCAUCGGCAUUAUCCGCGUCAAGACCGUCAGCAUCACCUACGCCCUCAGCAACGCCACCUUCAUCGGUAAGGUUGCUCAGCUGGCCGAAGGCGUCGUCACCGGCAGCCCGGCAAAGGUCAACAAGUUGAGAGAGGUUUCUUCUCAGGAGGUCGAGCAGUACCGCUCCGCUUCUUCUUGA